UUGUCUCACAUGUUUCACUGCAUAGCUCGACAGUGUUUCGAGCUGAAUUCAUAACAUGGCAAGGACAUUCCCCUACAAUCUUCGUUCAAUACUUUUCCUGUGGAUAGCUCUGGGUUACAGUGAGGCGGCAUUAACAUGGCCCACUGGGACAUAUGGUCUACCUAGAGCAAAAGUUGGCUGUCCUGUGACAGUGAAUUCCACGGUAUGGGCCACAGGAUGGCGAUUUGAAGACACUGAGGACUAUAAAAAUUCAAAUAACAACUCUAAAUCGCCGAGUUUUCAUCUUGAUACAGAGGUUGGCAUAGAUGUUAACAGAACGUUCUGUAUUAAGACAAAGGACAUCAUCCCUGAGGAGGCUGGCAUGUGGCCACAAGGCAGAUAUUGUAUUUACAAGAAAGGCGAUUGCCCCAAAGGACUGAAAGAAGGUUACGUAUUUUGGGACGACGAAAACUAUAAGAACAUCAACGAUCAAGGAGGGACACUUCCUGAUGGCAAAUACGACAAGGACACUUCUAUAUACUAUUGUUGCAGCACCGACGGUGACAAAUUUAAGCCCAUCGCCCUCCCCCUAAUCAGUCCGUUUUACCUUAUGCCUUUCAACACGUCAGAGUGCCAGCGCGUGCAAGGCGCCAUUGCCACAGAGGAGUACAUUGCAUUUGACUCUGAAGAUAACAACAACCAAAAUGCGCGUAAUGGAAGCUAUCCCUUCGGACCAGGAGGGAGGAAUCACCGAGUCUAUUAUUGUUAUUAUGAAGGUUGUCUCUAUACAUACAGCUUGGAUAGCGACGAGCAGAUACUAUUCAUCUCUCCAAAAUUCUUUAACGAUGGAUUUCCGUCGGAGCAGAAGUGCACGUGGCGAUUUGUUGCCCGAGAGAAGGAGAGUAAGGUGCAUAUUACCUUUCUGGAGACACAUAUAAGAGAAGGCGACAGUAUUUCUAUUCGUAAUGGCUGGAGCAGUGGAUCAGUCGUGGGUAAAAUAGAUCCAAUAAAUCCCUUCGAUCCCAAUGGAUAUGCGUCACAGAACAAUUUUCUUCUCGUGGAGUUUAAUUCAAAGUCUUCCUUAACACCUGGGAUUCAUCAUCCCAAAGGUUUCCGCGGAAUAUUCAAAAUUAUUUCAAAUGAAGUUCCACAGGGUCCUAAGUGGCCAAAUGGUACAUAUGGACUCCCCCGCCCCAGGGCCGGCUGUCCUCCGAGGUCAGACGACAUCUUCUGGGAGACUGGGUGGAGGUUUCAGGACACUGAAGACGACAAACCCAGUAAUAAAGUAUCUGAGAGCUUCCACAUGGAUGCUACAGUCGAUAAAAAUUACCUUAAUAAAAGCUUUUGCAUUGCCACGCAGGAUAAGGGAACAGAAUGGCCAAAAGGUCAGUAUUGCAUUUACAAAAAAGGAGCUUGCCCCAAAGGCCUCUCUGAGGGAUAUAUAUUGUUUGAUGACGAAGACCACAAAAACCAGAAUAAGAUGGGAGGGACACUUCCAGACGGAAUAUACAACAAAGAUAGGAACGAGGGAAACAUGCUGCGUGCGACUGCACUUUUUUCCUUGUGUAAACGCAAAUUUUACGUAUGUUUCUCUUCUCAAACAGCCUGUCAUUACACCAUGAGUGAGACUCCUCAGGAGUUCAUGUCACCUUUUUACCGCAGUGGUGAUGGCUACCCGAACUCACAGCUCUGCACCUGGCGAUUCUUGGUACAGGAGAAAAACCCUAAAUCACAGCAGAUCCUAAUCAAGUUCCCAGAGUUUAAUUUAAGAAAAGAUGGGGACGGUGACGUGGUGAGGAUUUACGGCGGCUGGGACGAGAAGGCAAAGCUUCUUGCAGAAUUUAACGGUGAUCACCCACCCCCAACCAAGGGCGUGGCAGCUGACUCCUCUGUGGUGUAUGUGGUAUUCAAAUCUGACUCACAAACCCGCUCCAAGGGUUUCAGAGGAGUUUUCUUAAAUCAGACAUACAAUGCUGCUUCUGUACCAACACGACCCAUAACGAUUCCAACACGGCCCAUUCCAGUGAAAACAAAUGAAACUUCAGGUAACAAAUCCGUAGUCCAGGCCACAAGUGCCAGUUUAAACCUAACGACGACAAAAUCCGAAGGUUCGCAGAGCGCUCGUUCAGGAAAACACGGUGUUCCAACUGCUAUUAUAGUGCUCGUGGUAAUUGCAAUAUUGAUUGGCAUGGCGGUCAGUAUAUACUGCAUCAGACGAAAGAGACUGAGGCAAAGAAUAAAGAGGAUGACAAAUUCCGGGCUCCUGGCUCAAGGCAAAGACAGGGAAAGCUACCAUUAUAGUGAUCUGGAGGAAUACGAGUUUACGGGGGAAACACCAAACUUAUUUCCACCAUCUUAACUACCUCUGAACCAAUAUUGGUCUGAAUUAAAUUGUGCUUUUUGAAUGGCAAUUAACGGGGCUAAAAGAUAAGUUAAAAGUAAAAAUUUUUAGCUAUAAAGCGCAAUUAAACCCCUUUUUUUAAGAAAAUCAGCUGGGAAUUUGUUCAAGCUGGAAUUUGAACAAAGAAAAAACAGAGAACUAUACGAACUAAACGAAAUAUAUGUGGAAAGAACAAAGUACAAUACGAAAGAAAAAAAACUUCAUUUUUCUCAUAAUAUGUAAGAUGGGUUUCCUCUCUAAUUUUGUCGCUGUUUAUUUCGUGUUAAAGCAAUUGAGAAUAAGGUGAAAUACAAUGAUUACCAAACCUUGCACAAAAAAAACCUUUCUCGAAUUUAUAGUAUUUAAAUAUUAGUAAUAUCAUGAGGUGAUGGGCUCCUGGAAAUUCUCAAAAUCGUAAGCAAUUCCAGUUUUGGUCAUUUAAUGAUUCCUGGGUUUCUGUUUAUUUUUCUUCCUAUCUAAUUAAAUAUUAACAGCCUUUUUCAACACGUUGUGGAUCAGUGACUGUAUUGGCUGAAUGAACGUACAAACAGAUGACGUUAAAACGCCUUUCAAGACGUCAGCGACGUCACAACCGCCUUUGUUUCUCACGUGCGUGCCUAUAUCUGUCUCUAUUCAAAACUUUUGACGGCUUAAGUGCCUCAACGUUGCGUAAAUAAUAGCGUUAAUGACCCCGAAAUAAAUUAAGGUUGCGAGGAAAAAAAGAAAUCUUUCUGAGUACUUCUGUCGUUUCUUGAAUCGAAAACUUAUCACUUGUUCAUUGCUCCUAGUCAAGUGAACAUAUUCUAACUUUUCACAGAAUAAACUAUGUAGGCGAAAACAGAG